UUUUUUGGCUUUUUUAUUUCACUUUCUCUGUUCAGCCUCUGCCAAGAACAGCAGCUACAACAAAAGCACUAACACCAGAGGUACUGAAAGAAAAAGUGAUUAUUUAGAUAAGAUAAUGAGGAGAGACGUUAUUUCAAUGGUACUCUGAAGUUUGAUCUAAGUUAAAGAACUUCAACAGGAAAAAAAUGGAGUCAGAUCUUCAACAGAACCAUCACCAUCUCUACGAUCACCAGCUGCAGCACCACCAGCGGCAGACUAACUCAAGCUUGACACGUUACCAAUCAGCGCCGAGUACAUACUUCUCAAAUUUCUUAGACGGAGAUUUCUGUGAAGACUUCUUUAAGGGCUCCAGUCCUGAAACCGAACGAAUUUUCAAUAAAUUUUUAUCAAAUUCAUCAGAACAAAGUCUUGGAAUCACCCGGCAACAGUCGCCAGCGGCGGAAAAGAUGGUGGACCCUCUACAGCCGAGACAAAGUGCUCUUCCUCCGUUAAAUAAUCAACAGAGAAAUUUUUGCUCUACACCUCAGAAUUUUUAUCAGAGCCAGUCCCAACAGAACUUGCAGAAUCAGAAUUCUUCCAGCUUAGAAAUGGAUUAUGGAGCCAUGAAUUCAGUUGGGGUAGAUCGUUUUCCGCCACCGCCCAUGAAGAUGAGUGGCAGUGGUAACAGUUCAAAUCUCAUACGCCACAGCAGCUCUCCUGCAGGGCUUUUCAACAAUAUUAGCAUUGAAAACGGCUAUGUCGUGAUGAAAGGCAUGGAAGACUAUGGCAGCGGAAAUAGCACAAACAGAGAGGCAUCAUUUUCUUCUGCAGGCAGGCCACCGGUUUCUUCUGGGCCAAUGAGUCCUAUAGCUGAAAUGGGAAAUACGGGCAACAAUGAGAGUUUCGAUCAGGGGCGUCACAAUAAUUAUUCAACCGGUUUCCGCGAUUCCUGGGAGAAAUCUUCUUCGAUGAUUUCAGAAAAUUUCAGUGAAGCGAAAAGACUUACGGAAGAAGACAGGACUAUUUCUGGAUUUAGUGAAGCUGACACUGAGAAUUUGGAAGCCCGAAACCGCCGCCCGCCAUUGCUGUUGGCUCAUCACUUGAGUUUACCGAAAGAUUUGACAUCAAUAGAGAAGCUUUUACAGCUCCAGGAUUCUGUGCCCUGCAAGAUUCGAGCCAAGCGGGGCUUUGCAACUCAUCCCAGAAGCAUUGCUGAGAGGGUGAGAAGAACCAAAAUAAGUGAACGCAUGAGGAAACUUCAAGAUCUUGUACCAAACAUGGACAAGCAAACAAACACAGCAGACAUGCUAGAUUUGGCUGUAGAUUACGUAAAAGAGCUUCAAUCUCAAGUGAAGGCACUUUCUGAAAACCGUGCAAGGUGUACGUGUUCAAGCAACCCACGGCAGCCAUAAAACAAAGGAAACGUCAAACGAGGAUGAAAAGGCAAAGCUACAGAUAUUCCCCUCUUCACCGAAAAUGAAGCUUAAAAGCUUAAAAGCUAUCUCUGACUCUGAGUAGCAAUUUGUAUAGUAAUGUGCAUAUUUCUGUAGGUUUUAAACAAAAUUUAUCAGAAACCAGCGCUUGAAAUCCAGAACCCAGUAGCCUUAGAUUGUAAUAUAAAAAUCUUUCAACAGUGUUGCGAAUCAAUAAUUCCAUGUUAGUGCUA